AUGGCGCUGUGUAUGAAAACAUAUUUGAGUGUUAUUUAUUCAUCAUACAAGAGUGAGACUGAUGUUGCCCUCUUGACAUCGUUCGGAAACUCGGGAUGUUGGCUUGGGAUCGGCAACUGCUUGUGCGCACAGUGCACAGCACUUGCUGCUCCGACUAAUUGUCUACCCUUUCUAGGUGUAAAUUCUAUGUUAUGUCUGGCCUUGUCUAAGGGCAUAUCUUUUGUUUUACUUCUUCUGAAAGCUUCCUCAGUGACAAUGCUUGUUGCCAAACCGUUACAUCUCAGAAUUUUACUUCAUGAGCUGUGUGAAAUUCUUGCUCCAUCUCAUGCAAAAAAGUAUCAUCCUGAUGUUAACAAGGAAUUAGGAGCUGAUGAGGUUUUCAAGAGCAUCCAUCUUGCAUAUGAUAUACUGAUUGAUGAGAAGAAAAGGAAUCAAUAUGAUUGGACCCUUCGACAUCAAGAAAAUGCUGGCACGUCAUCAGGGGAUAAUUGGGCCUUUAACCAUGAAUAUGACGAUGGUCAAAGGAUCUAUAGGUGGGCUUACUUGAGGCGGAAAAUGCAACGUGAGAAAUAUUGGGAACAAUACCACACAGAGGAUGAUGAAGUGUACGAUGAAUCUGAAGAAGAAAACACAGCUGAGGAGAGAGGCUCCUUCGUUGAGGUGCUUAGAUCGGCUUUCCUCUCCCUGUUUCUGAUGCAGACUGUAGGUACCCACUUGUCUCUCACGUUUAGUAGCCUUAUGGCUUUGCUUGACCGGAAAUUGGACACUGGGUACAAGGUGGGUUACGUAUUUGCAUGGUUAUUGGGAGGAAGAAGUGGCAUUUUGCUUACAGUGUUCCUAUCGUUUGCAAGUUGGGUUUGUGGCAAAACGAGCAGCAGCAUCGUUGCCGUUGUACUUGUUGCCAUGUGGUUUGGUUCAAAUCUAGCAAGGUAUGCUCCACUUCCACAGGGUGCUCUUCUUACUCUUUUGUACAUGUCAAUCAAGCUACAAGUUGAUCUAAAUUAAAGCCAACUCUUGCGCUUAUAUAUGUGUAUCUUUUUGUUAUUCAUUUCUUUAUGUAAAUAAGUCACAAAAGAAGAGUUAAAAACAUUAGUUGGAUUGACAAACACCCUUCUGAUGAUGUAAAAAUUGUGAAUGCAAUAAUUACUGAAGGAUUGGAAUUAUCCAUGUUUAUA